AUUUAUCAUCUCUCGCUGUUCCCCGCCCCAUCACGCAAACCUCUGCCUUCCAGCUGCUGCCGUGUACUCUUGCUAAUGUGACAAGGGAGGUCGACCAUAAUCCGGACGCUGCGAUUGAGUCGAAGCCGUUACCGACUGUGCAGGUCCGCGUCGUUUCCGACCCUAGCGCGUGCAUUGAUGCGGCCUCGACCGUGGAUGAGUCGAAACCCGGACAACAGAGAGGCGACCAGAUAAGCAAAGCGAACAGGGCGCAAGAGCCCAAUCUCGGCCAUGGCCUACUUCUCGGCCCUUCGUCCGCUUCGGAUAUCAGUGUCUCGCCGUGGCCGGGCCUGUGGCCUCCCAGCUAGCUUCAAAGUCGCAACCCUUGGAGCUCGCCGGUCCUUCUCCAGUUACCUCGUCACCCCACGGGAGCUCGCAGAUGCCCUCAAGAAGAGCCCGCCAUCGCCCAUCUCGUCCGAGCCACGUGUGAUCCCGCUCUGCGCUUCAUGGUUUCUUCCCAACGACCCCCAAGGCCGUACCGGCAUCCAGGUGUUUCGUGAAAAGCGCAUUCCCAAGGCGCGAUUCUUCGACCUCGACAAGGUCAUUGAUAAGCGCAGCCCAUAUCCACACAUGCUUCCCAGUCCAAAGGGCUUUGCCGAGGCCAUGAGCGAGCUGGGUAUCCGCAGAGAGGACACGGUAGUGGUCUACGACAGCCAGGAGCUGGGCAUUUUCAGCGCACCCCGUGUCGGCUGGACCAUGAAGGUCUUUGGGCAUCCGAGCGUGCACAUUCUCAAUAAUUUUAAGCUGUGGGUUGAACAGGGUUUCCCGAUCGAGUCCGGCAACGUAUGGACGGUGGAGUGCGGCACAUAUCCGAUCCCGGAGAUGGAUGAGAAGAAGGUGGCACAUUUUGAGGAGGUUCGGGAGGUCGCCCAGGAUUAUAACAAGGAGGGUGCCGAGGGAGUGCAAGUCUUGGAUGCGCGGCCUUAUGGGCGCUGGUCCGGGAAGGUCCCGGAGCCGAGGCCUGGCUUGCCCUCCGGACACCUGCCCGGGUCGAUAAACAUCCCCUUUACUGAGGUGCUCGACCCCUCGACCAAGGCAUUCCUUCCCGCGGACAAGCUGAGGGAAGUGUUUGUGAACAAGGGCGUGGAUCCGGAAAAGCCCAUCAUUUCAAGCUGUGGCACCGGUGUCACGGCUUGCAUCAUUGAGACGGCGUUGAGCGAGGCCAACUAUGGUUCGCCGGGGAAGAGGAAGGUGUAUGAUGGCAGCUGGACCGAGUGGGCGCAACGAGUCAAGCCCUCGGAUUCGCUCAUUCGGAAAGAAGAAUGAGUUGCAUGUCAAUAAUUCGCUCGCCGCUAAGGAACGACCCGACCGGCGUCAACCUGCGCCAAGGUCGCACGCCACUCGAUUUAUGCAUGUAUGAUUGAUUAUGAGACGCUCCCUUGUAGCUUGCAGGAGAGUCACGCUACUGGCUUCUUGGGGGAGCCUUCGAUAAACACUCUGCAGUCUCGAGGAACCAUCCCGAACGGCCAACUUGGAGUCGCCGAUCCCCUUGGUUGCAUGGCAUGGUGUCCUGGUGUUUGGACCAAGGAACACAUGGGUAAUGUGUGCAUCGAGGCAAGCACAAGCGAGUUGCGUUGGGUUGAUCUGUGUUUAGCAGUUUACCUAGCAAAGGCGCUGAUCAUGGCGUCGUUCCCGCAUGGCCUGGUCAGGCCGUCUAUGUCCAAGCAGAUACGUGUGCCCUCUUGCCCGGGGCUGAUUGCUGUUUUCUGGCUGCUUCUUUCACUGUCUCCCACCGUUGCCCUCCGCCAUAUCCAGUCUCCCUCCUACACUCGUGCGUCUCCGUCGGUUAGGCCCGAA